AUGGAGGUUCAAAAAAAAUUCUGCUGGAAAAUAACAAUCCAACCUAACAUUCUCGUUCUGCAAACGUUUGGAUUUUGGCCUAAAGAUUAUGAAGCUUUCAAACUAAAUUUUUACGCAGUACGCACCAUAAUUCUGGUUAUAAUAUUUUUUCCAGUAGCACUGCUUACGCAAGCAACAAAUUUAUUCUUCGUUCUGGACGACUUAAUCGCCCUCACUGGAACCAUCUACAUGCUGCUAAUAGAGAUCUUGUGUGCUUUUAAAAUUUACUACCUUUCCAAACACAUGUCCAUUGUGAAAACCCUGAUGAGAAUGUUAAACGAUGACCUUUUUCAACCACGAGACGUUAAUCAGGUUGCCUUGGUUCAACCAAAUUUGGACUUGUGGAAGACUACCUACAUAGUGUUUAUGAUCAUGGCUCUCGGUGGCAACUUAUUUUGGGCAGCUUUUCCUCUACUUGAUAAAGCUAAUGAAGAAAAUAGAUUACCAUCUUUAGCUUGGUAUCCAUACAACACGAACGUGUCGCCAUUUUAUGAAAUAACUUACACCCAUCAAGUGCUUACCUACACUUAUAUUUGUUUUACGCAUAUCAAUAUUGAUACUUUCAUAGCUGCCUUAAAUACGUACAUUUAUAGUCAGUUUGAUAUUUUAUGUGAUAACUUGAGGAAACUUCACUUUGGUGACAACGUGAAAGCCAAUUUGGUUAAGUGUAUCAAACACCAUUGGCUGAUUUUAAGGUUUGCUGAAAAGACCAACCGGUUUUUUGAGUCGAUCAUUAUGAUACAAUUUUUAAUUAGUGUUAUCAUAAUGGGAGUAACUCUAUUCCAGAUAACUAUUGUUGUACCGUUCUCAACGGAAUUUUUGUUUCUUAUAUCGUAUGGGGUGGCGAUAGUGACGCAAAUUUUUAUGUAUUGUUGGUUUGGUAACGAAGUGCAAGUUAAGAGUAACAAUUUAUCCUUCGCAAUCUACGAAUCUAAAUGGCCCGAUUUUUCAAAAAAGAUCCAAAAACAUAUCUGGUUUUUUAUGUCCAGAUCACAGACGCCUCUUAGAAUGUCAGCACUAAAUGUUUUUUACUUAUCUUUGGAAUCUUUUAUGGCGAUUUUGAAAACUUCGUGGUCUUAUUUUGCACUCCUUCAGCAAGUCAAUUCCUAA